AUGGUGUUGGCGGCGCUCCUAUUGGCCUACCUGGCUAUUGUUCCCACAUUUGUUAUAAUGUGUGUUGUUUUAAUCUUUCUUGACAUCCACAUUCUUCCACAAAUAUAUAUUAGUAUUUUGGAUCCCGUUAUGUCGUACACUGCUCGGCAAAUGGGUAAAAGGUCUAUGUCGGCUGCAAGUUUGAAUAGGGAAUCUGAGGAACAAGCUAAGGAUGCAUCCACCGGUGAUUAUGUCGAUGGGAAUUUGAUUGAAAGAGAUGUCACUUUAUGCGAAGGUCGUAUACAAAUGAGCAACGAUUUUAUGAUUGAGGAAAAGGGUUUCAAACUUCAGCAUCCAAUGUAUCUUCUAAAAUCAGGGGUUGAAGCGAUAAUUGAAGAUGAUGUGACGAAGCGGUUUUCGUCUGCUGAACUUCGCGUCUGGAAUCUACUUGGCCGCAACCAAAAUUAUUACUUUCAUAAUACGUCAUGCAAGAAGACAUUGACUGCUCUCUGGUUUUUGGGAUUUAUUAUUCGCUAUGUGUUCCUGUUGCCAAGCCGGCUUGCUGUCUGUUUUUUUGGUGUUGGACUGACGUGGACCUGUGGUGUGGUCAAAAAUCUUUUCCCCAGAAGUGUCCUGGGCAAAUGGCUCACUGGGCCGGGCUACCAGCGAUGCAUGCGACUUAAUCUUUGCCCCUACGCCGCCAUCAUUCGUUUUCACAACCCUGAAAACCGUCCCAAACCGAAUACGAUUUGCGUCGCAAAUCACACAACGCCUGUCGAUUUUGCAGUUUUGGCCAGUGAUAACACGUACGCCGUGAUUGGUCAGCGGCAGGGCGGCUUCUUUGGACUGGUGGAGAACAUCCUCUCCAGCGCGGUGCCCACCAUCUGGUUUGACCGAGGUGAGGUCUUCGAUCGUAGCGCCGUGACGGACCGCAUGAAAGAGCACGUCGCGACACCCGGCGCUCUCCCCAUCCUCAUCUUCCCCGAGGGCACUUGCAUCAACAACACUUCCGUGAUGAAGUUCAAAAAGGGCUGCUUUGAGGUCGGCGCUGUCAUACAUCCUGUGGCUAUCAAGUACGACCCUAAGUACGCCGACUGUUUCUGGAACAGCAGUCAGGACGGCCUCUUCAAAUACCUCGUCAAACUCAUGACCUCCUGGGCCAUAGUAGUCGAUGUGUGGUACCUUCCGCCAGAAACCGCCCGGCCGGGCGAGGACGGAAUCAGCUUCUCCAGUCGCGUCAAAAGGAAGAUUGCUGAAUGCGGCGGUUUGGUAGAUAUGGAAUGGGACGGUGAGCUGAAACGAAAUAAGCCAAAGCCAACACUACGGCUUGCUCAACAGAAGAUCUUCAGUGGCUUCAUCGGAGCUGAUGAGGGUGAAAAAGCAUGA